AUGACGGCCAUAGUGGAUGAAUACAUGGAAAGUCCUCUGGACAAUGACGAUGUUUUCCCUUGCAAGGGCUGCGGAGAGAUUCUAGAGGAAGGCAAGGCAUUCGAGUUGGCUGGACUUCGAUGGCAUCUCGACUGUUUUCGCUGCCAUACCUGCGGCACUCUUCUCGACUCGGACGCGAACCUUUUACUCCUUGGCGACGGUUCACUCAUUUGCAAUAAUUGCACCUACAGCUGUAGCGCUUGUGGUAACAAGAUAGAAGAUCUUGCCAUCUUGACUGGAGAACAAGCAUUUUGCGCAACCUGCUUUCGAUGCCGUAACUGCAAGAGAAAAAUCGAAAAUUUGCGGUAUGCAAGGACUUCACAAGGCAUUUUCUGUAUGGGUUGCCACGAGACUCUCAUGGCCAGGCGGAGGAAGAAAUCAAAGGCAACCUCUGCUGCCAAAUCUAGAGACAAAGAAAACUCACCCAUGAUAACCGAAAAAUCCCUUCCCGCUCUCCCACCCAGCGCGAUUCCUCCAAACGCCUUUUCAAAUGACCGCGUCGAUCCCGACUCUGACACGCCCACUGAACUCUCCCCACGCCCUCGUGUGGCGCAUAGACACAAUGGAUCUUCACCACGGGGAAGCUCAAGACCUGCUCGCUCACCAGAGAGAUCAGACACCACUGGCAAGGCUGAAGGACUUAGCCUGCCCGCCACUACCUACCGAAAGAACCGCAACUCGUCCAUUUAUCAGAGCCCGAACCCAGGACUCGAAGAGGGACCCGAAAGUUUCUUCAUACCCGUGGCUCUGGACCCCAGCCCGGCCCAGAGCGCUGCACCAAGGUCUGGAUCCGAAUAUGCAGCCGAGAACGGCAGACGAAAGGAGAGAGACUAUUUUAGUGUUCCGAGGCGGUCGGGGUCUGACAAGCGAGACGACUCGCAGGCAUCCACUCCUCACAUCGCAUUUCAAGAAAAAGGACGGCAGCCGUCCUCGGAUCUCGAUGUAGCACGCCUCAAGUCUGGCAAAUUCAGCAAAAAUGCCGAACCAGGCCAGCGUCAAGCUUCUGUAUCUGGCGAUGAGUUCAAGCUUCAGGAUGCCCCGUUGACGAAGAAGGGGCUGUCGACUCGCAGCAAUAGUUCACACUCGUCUGCUCCGCACGAGAGUGCUUCUGGAAAGACUUCGAAUGGUGUUGCGCGAAAGGAUGGCCACUCGAACCUGUCCGAGGCCGGCAGAGCCAAUGAAUCUCGCACGUCCGAAGACACGGAUGGCGCAAGAAGUGGCUCUCGUUCAGAUACCAACAAGGCCAUUACACGAAAGGAACUACCCGCGUCGGCGAGCAUUAACUCUGUCGGACAACGUAGUUCUCGGUCUGGUCAACCAGACCAAAACAAUUUGAGCGACUCUUGCACGCAGCCUCGAACCGUGCCGCCGCCGCCGCCCGCUGAUCAAGCUCAAAUACCGAGAAAGAGUUCAAAUGAUCCAUCCGAACCCAAGGUCUCCCCCAAGCUGCCUAGGUAUAGUAAUGGAGGGGACUUCAGCAUGGACGAAGACAUGGCCAGAAUCUUGGGUACUGAUGAAGGCUCUUCCUCUAUUCUUCGACGAGUCUCCAACGCAGUGCGUCACGGUCGCACCGGCAGCGUGGAGGGCGGUCAUCCCAGUUCCGGGAGAAUCGGUCAUGCCCGAAGUAUCAGCGAAACCACGUCGCCCAGGUGGCCCAAGACCCCUAUGGGCGAUGAUUAUUCUGGCAUGUCACACGAUAUCAGCAGCCCCAUCUCCUUGACCUCGCCCGAUGAUGCUGUUAUCCUCAAGCGUCAGCUGAGAAAUUCCGAGCAGCGUGUGGCUGAACUCGAGAGGCAGUUCAACACUGAAAAGGACCUCAAGAGCCUCCACAAGAAGCUCGUCGAAAAGCGGAAGACGGUAUCUGUGCUUGACACGCAGACUGAGAUUAUGAUUCGUCAGCUGGAAGUUCUCGCCGGCUAUGUCGAACGCGCUAAAGAGACGAAGACGCCGGUCGAUCCUCGACAGCUGGAGGAUUCGGCCAUCAAGGACUUUGUGAACAAGCUGGAUGCCGUCAAAGAGAGCAUGUCUGAAGCCAUUGAGAAGCUUCACCAGGAACGAGACCAGCUGGUGGAGGAGAAGAACCAGGCCGCGGCGGACAGAGACCGUGCACUCAUGGAGUUUGAGCAACUGUCAUCCAAGAAUGCGCAACUAGCAGACAUGAACAACGAUCUCACGCACCAAAUUCAGGAGCGCUUCAAGUCACAGAUUGGAGACGUCAAGCCGCCGAAUGGAUUGGGCAUAUAUGGCCCUACCAAGUCUGGCGGGGGGUCGUCGAUCAACCUGGAUGCUACAAGCUUGAAUACUGGAACUACACUGGUUGGCGAUGAAGAGCCCAUUGUCGAGAGUGGCCCCACGGUGGUGCAGGUCAGGAAGGGCCAGGUCAAAAAGUUCAACUGGAAGAAGGGCUCCAAGACAGUGGCACAGAACGUGGCAAAGGGCGUGAACAGGGCCGUAGUCGCCUUCCAGCAGAACGAUCGCGAGAGGAUGCAGCAUCAGGGGCUGGCUGGAGACAGCAUCGGUCUGCCCUACAACAUGACGGUCACCCAGGUAGAGUCUGCGGCCCCCAGCGGACCAAACGGUCAGAGCAGGCAGCAGCAGCACAUGGAUCCCGGUCGACAGGGCUUCGGCUUCUUUGGCAAGAAAAACGCAAUGCCAAAGUCGGCCUCGGCCAACAACAUGGCGCUGGCGGCGCCUGCCGAGCCGGCGUCCGUUCUCUUUGGAUCCGACCUGGUGGAGCGAACAGAGUACGAACGCCGGCAGAUUCCGGCCGUGGUGACUCGCUGCAUUGAAGAAGUUGAGCUGCGAGGUAUGGACCAGGAGGGUAUCUACCGCAAGACUGGUGGUAAUUCCCAGGUCAACAUGAUCAAGGACGGCUUUGACAGGAACGAAAACUUUGACAUCUCUGACCCAGACCUGGACAUCACUGCUGUCACCAGCGUGCUGAAGCAGUACUUCCGAAAACUGCCCACUCCGCUGCUGACAUUUGAUGUCUACGAAAGGGUUCUGGAGUCGAACGCGAUUGCCGACGAGACAGAGAGGUGCAGCCACCUCAGGAAGACGUUUGCCUCCAUGCCAGAGAGGCAUAGCGACUGCUUGGAGUUUCUCAUGUUCCACCUUAACCGCGUCGCCUUGCGAGAGCCGGAGAAUCUUAUGUCACCGAAGAACUUGGCGGUCGUUUUUGCGCCCACCAUUAUGCGAGACCUGAGCAUUGAACGCGAGAUGACGGAUAUGCACGCCAAGAAUAUUGCGGUUCAGUUUGUCAUCGAGAACACCAACAGAAUCUUUGACGACUCAUGA